AGAACUCCUGGUCAAGACAGUAUAUUUACAGAAACCACUUACCUACAUUCUGCACUGAUUUUUGAAGCAUAUUUAAGGGCCAUUUGUUCAGUAAGUGUUGUAUCCUGCCACUGAGUAUGUCAGUGGCUCUUCUCAUGCGAUAUGCCACAUUCAGUGGAUCCCGUGUCUGCUGCAAAGCUGCCCUUGGCAUAACCGGCAUCCACCAAGAAGACCCGAGAAGGGCUCUACACACUCCAUCAUCUCCUCGGUGCAGCAACUCUCGCUUUGAUCCAGACAGCAGUGGCCGUCCAACUACCUGGGACUCCUUUGGGAUCUGGGACAGCCGCAUUGAUGAGCCCAUCUUGCUUCCUUCGAGCAUCCGAUAUGGUAAACCUAUUCCCAAAGUUAGCCUGUCCAAGGUGGGCUGCGCUUCACAGAUUGGCCAGCGGAAGGUGAACGAAGACCGCUAUCAGCUAUCGCAGAUGACGGACAACAUCAUGUACUUUGCAGUGUUUGAUGGGCACGGAGGUGCAGAGGCUGCAGAUUUCUGCCACAAAAACAUGGAGAAGCAUAUUAAAGAUAUUACUGAGGAGGAGGAUAACUUGGAAUUAGUUUUAACCAAAGCAUUUCUUGAGGUGGACAAAGCGUUAGCAAGGCAUCUUCACUUCAGUGCAGAUGCCUCUCUGUUGAGUGCAGGGACGACGGCCACAGUGGCACUGCUCAGAGACGGGAUCGAGCUGGUGGUGGGCAGCGUGGGGGACAGCCGAGCCAUGCUGUGCCGCAAAGGCAUGGCCCUCAAUCUCACUGUGGAUCACACGCCUGAGAGAAAGGAUGAAAAAGAGAGGAUACGCAAGACUGGAGGUUUUAUUUCAUGGAAUAGUUUUGGUCAACCGCACGUCAAUGGCAGACUGGCCAUGACACGCAGCAUUGGAGAUUUCGACCUCAAGACGUCAGGGGUCAUUGCAGAACCAGAGACUAAGAGAAUUUCAUUGCAUCACGUCCAUGACUCCUUUCUGGCUCUCACCACUGAUGGCAUCAACUUCAUCAUGAACAGUCAGGAGAUCUGUGACAUCAUUAACCAAUGUAACGAUCCUAAAGAGGCCGCACAACGCAUAUCUGAGCAGGCUCUUCAAUACGGAGCUGAAGACAACAACACUAUCAUUGUGGUGCCAUUUGGUGCUUGGGGCAAACACAAAAGCUCUGACGUGAGCUUCUCCUUCAGUCGCAGUUUCGUCUCCAGUGGCCGAUGGGCCUAAGCAGAAAUAAUAAGACAAUGACGGUUUAACUGAAACACAGAAGUAGCUCCCAUGUGUGAAUUUACCAAUGUGCAAUAUUCUCCUGUGAGGAUCACCUCAAAAAAAGACCAUUACAGCCAGAACCCACAUUUACUGUGGAGUUGAUAUUGACUCAUCAAGCAUGGUUCAUUUCUGAAUCGAUUGAGUUGAAGUUCCCCUGAGGUUCGAGUUUGUCCUUGUCUUUUAGCUGCUAACCUUCAUUUGGUUACCUCAGUUUUGGUUUUCACUUUCGCAGAUACUAUAUUUUAAAAUAAAGCGCUAUAGUGGAAUCAACAACUGUUCUCCCUACCGUAUAAUCUCAUUUCAUUUUCAGAACAGGAAUUUUAAGCACUUUCAGAUUUUGAGAGGUUCUAUUAUUUUUUUAAUCCUCAUAACUCUAGUCUUUGAAUGUUAAACGGCACGCUGAAGCACAUUUCAGUGGUCUAUACAGGCUUUGUCUGAUGGCUGUGCACAUUCAUAAGCCCAUAUUUACAGAGUUAGACCACUUUACAUACUAUGUAUACUAAAUUAUGGACUUCUAUUCCUUGUUGAAGCACAUAUUUC